GCUGGCUUCACUCUUCCGGUGUGGUUUCCGGUUAGCUGGCGCAUCUGCAGCAUCCGAAGCCGCAGACGAGAAUCGCCAUGAACAACACGCUCAAUUCUGCUUGAAUUUGAUUCUCUCUUAUUAAAAUCAAAUCGCAUCCGUUCACCGUUCACCUGCAGGCCACCGACGGGAGCGCGCAGAUGAGAUGCGAAACGCGUUUGAAUGGGUUUUGCAGGAAUGCUAGCGUUAGCGCCUAGCUGAUUAUGUGUUGAAUUAAAAUUAUUAUUUUUUCAUCAAUCAAGAGACGAGUUAAUAUGAUUAUAUGCGUUUAACUCAUGAAAUUAUCCAUCAUUUUGAUUAAUAUCCGCCUGUCAUCUAUUUUUCUGUGAAAAGUGGGUGAUUUUUCAGAGGUUUUAAUGAGCUGCACAGCUGGCUGAUGAUGGAGAGUUUGACUUUCAUCCAUCCAAACAAUAAUUUCUGUUCACUUCAUAUUUGAAGGUUCACUUUUCAACGGGGCUUGAAUGUUUACGUCGAUUUCAGCUGGAUUUCAAUAUUUAUAUCGUGAUAUGAGCCCGUGUCACUAGACACUACAAACACAAUCAUAUCAGGCCAUCACAGGUUGAUGCUGUUUAUUUGGAUAUACUCAACUGUGAUGCUUUAAUUUAGUACAUAUACUGUUUACAUUCAUUUACUUGUACGUUUUUGUGGCUAUACGGUUCAUUUAAGCUGUGAUCAGCUCCAGAGUUGGGCUGCAAGUCCAUGUUUGACAGUCACAGCUGAUCUAGACCUCUGGCACCAGAACAACCAACCCACUUUAGUUUCUUAUAGACUUGCAUAAGUGUUUAAGGGAUCUUUGACACAUCAUGAAGAAGUUCUUUGACUCCCGGAGGGAGCUGGUGGGCUCUGGACCCGGUUCUGGAGGGGGAGCUGGAGGUUCUGGAUCCAGCAGUGGUGUUGGUGGGAAUUUCAUCGGACGGGCUUUCACUGUCGGAAGACACCAGGUCACUGUAGAAGAAACUUUGGCAGAAGGUGGCUUUGCAAUCGUCUUCUUAGUGCGAACUAAUCAGGGGGUGCGCUGUGCCCUAAAGAGGAUGUACGUCAACAACGAACACGACCUUCAGAUCUGCAAGCGUGAGAUCCAGAUCAUGCGGGAUCUCAACGGUCACAAGAACAUUGUUGGGUUCCUGGACUCCAGCAUCACAGCUGUAGGAGGUGGAGAUGUGUGGGAGGUGUUUAUCCUCAUGGACUUCUGCAGAGGUGGUCAGGUGGUAAACCUGAUGAACCAGCGUUUGCAGACAGGCUUCAGCGAACAGGAAGCACUCCAGAUAUUCUGUGACACGUGUGAGGCUGUGGCACGUCUGCACCAGUACAAAACUCCCAUAAUCCACCGAGACCUCAAGGUGGAAAACAUCCUGCUUCAUGAUAGAGGACACUAUGUUCUUUGUGAUUUUGGCAGCGCCACCAUGAAGUUCCAGAACCCCCAGAGUGAAGGAGUGACUGUGGUCGAGGAUGAAAUUAAAAAGUACACAACCCUAUCCUAUCGCGCUCCUGAAAUGGUGAACCUGUACAACGGCAAAAUCAUCACCACUAAAGCGGAUAUCUGGGCAAUGGGCUGUCUGCUCUAUAAACUCUGUUUCUUCUUUCAGGCAAUGGGCUGUCUGCUCUAUAAACUCUGUUUCUUCACAUUGCCCUUCGGUGAGAGUCAGGUGGCCAUUUGUGAUGGCAACUUCACCAUUCCAGACAAUUCCCGCUACUCACAGGACAUGCACCGUCUCAUCCGGUACAUGCUGGAACCGGACCCUGAUAAGAGGCCUGACAUUUAUCAGGUGUCCUACUUUGCUUUUAAACUGGCCCGGCGGGACUGCCCUGUCCAAAACAUCAAGAAUUCUCCCAUUCCUGCUAAACUUCCUGAGCCAAUCCGAGCGAGCGAAGCAGCCGCGAAGAAGAGCCAAACGCAGACCAAGGCGAGACUUACAGACCCCAUUCCCACCACUGAAACCUCUAUCACGCCACGCCAGCGGCCCAAAGCAGCACAAUCCCAGUCUCAGGCACUAGGAGGCAUCCUGCCCAUCCAGCCUGCUGCCCUGACCCCACGAAAGAGAGCCAACUUGCCCGCCGGAGCCGCCCAGCCAAUAGCUGUCAGUGUGAACUUGGCUCAGCCGGCUGCAGCGCUUCAGUCUCAAAAAGCCCAGGCGUCUCCUGCCCCUCAGCAGAAAACGCCCGUGCAGCCGAUCCCCAUCACGGCUGCAGCAGGAGGAGGCGGCGUUCCAGUAGCGGCUGGUAGCCCUGCGCCUCAGAAAGCAGCAGCCACUCCGCCUCCAUCCAGCCCCGCUCCUCCCACUGCACCUGCACGGAGUGCCCGUCGUAAGCAGGCGUCAGUGGCUCAGCAGCAGCCGGUGCCCAUCCAGCCUACUACCACUCAGCCGGCUGGUGCCCCGCCUGCAGCACAAGCAGAGCCUGCAGCGGUGCCUCCCACAGUCCAGCAGCCAGCGCCUCAACCCCAGAUCAGCCCAGAGAAGGCAGAGGAGAGGCCUGUGACUCCUGGCUUGUCUCAGACUCCUCCCUCAUCCCCAAGGACAGCCCAGAAGGCGGGGCACAGACGCAUCCAGAGUGAUGUCACCCACAGUGCUAUGUUCGGAGUGCCGGUCAGCCAAUCCACUCAGCAGCUGCAGGCAGCCACAGCAGAAGCCAGCCUUAAUAAGUCAAAAUCAGCCAGCGCCACCCCUUCCAACUCUCCCCAGUCCUCCCAGCAGAGUGUGUACCAGCCUUCCCAGCAAGGCAGCGUUUCUGUCCCCCAAGCUCCUGUCUCAGCCACUAGCCUGACAAGCCCCCCGGACCAGCCCACCUGGAAUCCCUUCGGUGAUGACAAUUUCUCCAAACUCACGGCUGAGGACCUGCUCAACAAAGACUUCACCAAGCUAGCUGACGAACCUGUUGAACCUCUGAUUGCUGCUACUGAGAGUCUUAUUCCUGGGCUGGAGGCUGCAGAACCUGCUCCUCCAUCUUCUGCUGAAAGACCUACUGACAUUCUGGGCUUGGAACCAGGAGCUGGUUUGCUAGCUGUGCCAGAGAAGCUGAUAGAGGGUCUGAAGUCUCCAGAUACCUCUCUCAUGCUGCCUGAUCUGCUGUCCAUGGCCGACCCCUUCGGCAGCUCCAUGGACGACACCAGAGAUGUCAAAACAGAUGUGUGUUUGGACUCUCUGAUUCCUGGCUUGGAGCCCCCUCAGGCUCAGCUGCAUCCUGUGGAGGCUGAACCGGUAUCAUCAGCACUGGCAGACCCUUUGAUUGGCGAGGACUCCCUGCUUGGCUGUUCUCUCCCCUCUGGCUCCGCCUCCUGUCUGGAUGACUUUGCACCUGUCUCAGGAGGCUCCUCCCAGAACAUACCAGCUGCAGACUCCUGUUUGAUCUCAGGCUUUGAGCCUCCGAGCGCUGAGACAGCCAAUGAAGAUGAAUUUGACCCCAUACCAGUUCUGGUCUCCAAAAACUCCCAAGGAGGUCACUCUCGCAGUAACAGUGGCAGCUCUGAGUCCAGCCUGCCCAACCUGGCCCGUUCCCUGCUGCUGGUGGACCAGCUCAUCGACCUCUAGGCCGUACAGAUAAUUCCUGCUGUGCUGAAGAUGACGCCGUCCGCUGUAGUCUUCUGCCUUUAACUAUGAAUCCCUCCUGCUAUCCUUUGUCCCAUCCUCCACCUUCUAUCAUGGUCCAUUUCCUUCUUUAAUAAGUUCUUCGUCAUUCCAUUCUUCCUGCUCAUCACAUCAUACGUUUUAUGUUCUUUCCCUGUCGCUUUAUUCCAUCAGUUCUUGUCGUCAUCAACAUCAUCGCUCUUUUGAUUUGACAUACUCAGCAUUCCUACCCUGCACCGUGCCAUUUAUCUCCCUGAUGAGUUUAUGUUCGACUUUUUUCUUUCGAGUCUAGUGAGACCUUUUUCUACAGGCUUUUUCUCUGGCAUCCAUAUCUGUGCUUCCUUUGGACACGCAUACGUGACCGUCACGCAUUUCAUCUGCCUCACAGUCAAGAGUGCAAGCUUCAAACAUCAGAUGUUUGCCGAAUCCUCCUUCUCUUCAGUCUUUAGCUGUGUAUUCAAUGGCACUCAGGAAGCUUGUCUCCAGAUUAAACACACAUGGGUUUUAGACUCAUGCAGUUGGUUCCUUCCAGACAGAAAUUAAAGUACAAGGGAACCAAAUGUUUACAGACAGGAAUAUUUUUGCUGGAUGUUUACAAACCUGCAGGUAGGCAAGCACAGCUUGUAAGAAUUUAUCUUCAUCCAGACUGAGCGCAUGGUACGAAAAGGUCUUAACGCUUCAUGUAGAACUGACUAGAAGCUCAUCAUUGGUACCCGUUUUCACCAUCUCAUGACCUCCAGACCAUCAUUUCUCUGUUAUUUCUUUGUAAAUAGCUCUAUUGAUGUUGUACGUUGGCUCGAAGCAAUGUAAAUUGUUGUAUAUCUGCAGUAUUCGACUCUCCCGCCCUCAAAAGUGAUUCGUUCCUCCUGUGUAUAAAGCAUCUGGUCCAAAUGUCCAGCAAUUCCUUCAGAGAUCCCCGUCUCACCCCAUAGUAUACAUUGAGAAUAAUUUAAAAGAAAUAUUUCAUAUAAGGUUAAGAUUAUAUGUGAAUAUGAAUAGAGUGUUAGAGAAUGAAUGUAUGAAUCGAGUAUCCAUAUAUAAAUGCAGAUAUGUGUAUAUGAAACCUAUUUAAGAGGAAACUUUAUCUCUUUGUUCUGUGUGUUGAGACGUGUUUGCGAAUGUAAAAUGUCGGUUUCAUCUUCAACGGCCAUUGCUAUGAAGUCAGUUAAGAAAAGAGGACAAUCUUGAAGCGUCGUGACACGGUUUGACGCCAUUUGCAAGCAAAUCGGCUGGAUUUGUUUUCGGUUUUCAUUGCCUUUUAUUCUCAGACAUUUAUUAUCAACAAAAACAAGGUUGUAGUCUCGAGAAAAAUCCUCAACGCUGUACGUAUACCAUUUCCUCCUCCGAACUGCCGCCCGAUGCCAUGCUUUCUUGCACAGUUCUUGUGAAUCAGACGCAUAUCGAAGCAUGGCAGCGUUUAUGAAUAUGAAGUUAAGACAUGUCUGUGGCCAAUCUUCAUAUCAGUACUGUACGUAUGUGUGUGCGUGUAUGUGUGGACGUGAGGUAAAUAAAUAGAUAGUCUUAGUUGUUGAAAGUGGUGAGGUCGUUUUGUCUUUGACAUGGUUUAUCUGCUUCGUUCGGACAGCUGGACCCGCAGCAGGCACCUCUGGUUCAAGCACAGGUUCUGCUCAUUCACUGAGAGUCAUUAGACAUUGAAGUACCCGAUUGAGAGCAGGGAAAUUGCUCGCCGUAAUGCUGUAUGAAGAGCAGAAUCCCAAUCAGUGAGAAAUGCUGUAAAAUUGAACGUUCUGUUAUCAUAAAAAAAAAAAAAAACAUCUUUUUGACAUGGCUGAAUCUGUAAAUGCCAUUGAAAUGAGUUUGAGACAGUGGUUGUCAUUUCACAAGAUGCAUAACUGCAGUAGGGCUGGGCGGUCCGAUAGCAUAUAUUUGCACGGCUAUAAAAUAUUAACUACUUUUCCCAUGCUGUCAAAAUUGGCUUAUCUGAUCAGAAAUGUUUAUUGUUGAAUAUUACUGUUUUUUCUUGUCUUACGGAACGUUACGUUUUCCCAUUUGAUGCUAGACGCGUGUGUAUGUAUUUACAAAGUUGUUAGUAUAGAUUUGGGUUGGUAUGAUUUUUUUGGUGGCACUUUACAAUAUGGUUUCAUUUGUUAACAUUAGUUAACUACAUUAGUUACCAUGAACUAAUAAUGAACAAUACUUCUACAACAUUUAUUAAUCUCAGUUAAUGUUAAUUUCUACAUAUGCAAAUACAUUAUUAAAACCAAACGUAUAUGUUGACAUUAGUUAAUGCUCUGUGAACAUGAACAUUUUUAUGUACUAACAUUAACAACGAUUAAUAAAUGCUGGAGAUUAAUAUAUAUUGCUCAUUGUAAGUUCAUGUUAACUAAUGAGUCCUUAUUGUAAAGUGUUGCCAUUUUUUU